AUGACACGUUGCCGGCUCGUUGGUGCUUCUUCUGGUGGGAAAUAUAUUUCUACUACCAAUGCAAAGACUCGCCCCGUGAUGGGCUGUUUGAGGUUUGCCUCAAGAUUGUCGGCCCUCGGAUCGACUCAACAACCGAAGUUCUUCGCCCUGCCGCUGCUUGCAACAACACGUGGUUUCGGUCACCUUGUGCGCGAGGUAGAUAUGCGGGGCUUUCGAGGUGAUUUUGGACAACUGCGACACAAGAACUUGGCGAGUACACAACGGUAUGUCACUGAUGCCCUUGGAGCCAAGAAAAACGUAAUAUUUUGUGGUGCCUAUCACACGGGGAAGUUAACAAUUCUGAAGGCAAUAGGUGAAGCGUGUGAGGCCCGGGGGAAGAAGGUCGCAUACGUGUCGUGUAACCCUCAGCGCGCGUCUCGUUUCGGUGGUUUUUUGUUGUAUCACUUUGUUGGGCUGCGUUACCUGUUCCGUAACGAGAUUCCCUCACGAGACCAGUUGGAUGGGGCGUUGGAAAGACAUGCACGGCUUUGUGAAUCUACAUACGCUGGAUGCGUACCAAGUUUGAAGUCAGUUGAUGUGUUGAUAUUCGAUGCUGUGGAUCAACUUGAACCCACUAUUCUGGCGUCUAUGGAUGCGGUGUGUCGCCGUUUGCGAGGGAAACCGAAUGACGCCUUUGGGGGCCUGCGUGUCUUUGCUGCAGCUGAUUUCUGGCGUCUCCCGGUUCAUCCCAGCAGCGACACUGGUGGCUAUAUCUUCCAACUAGAUAAUUGGGGGGAGCUGUUUCCAAAGCAGCAUCUGCUGAAGAAAAUCUAUGGGCAGACAAAAGCACUUACCACACUUGUGAACAAGGCAUAUUACGGCCAACUCUCUGCUGAGGAUAUUGAAGAACUUGAGGCGCGGUCAUCGGCGGGAAGGACGGAAAGUGGAGCUGCCUGUGGUGGCUCAAAAAAGGAGGCUUCCGAGACAAGUGGAAGUUUUAGUGUCAGUGACGAUGGCAGUCGCCAGGUGGAGGUUGAAGAGGAAGGAGCAGGCUCUGGUUUGUUGCCACCGCAGCGACUAAUUUCCAACGCUGAAGCCAUUAUCAAAUUUACCUCACGUUUCCCGAAACAGCCGUCGAUCCGUGUACUGCCACCGCGUUUUCGAACGCUGAAACGAACGGAAAUAGGGAAUUACAUUGUAAACAUGAUGGUUCAGUCCUCCACGCUGCAUUCUUUUGGCCUCGUUGACUCACUGAACCUUGACAUCGGUGCGUCCGUGCAUCUCCUUUUUGAUGGCACCGCAGACUUUGGUGUAACGGCAGGAACGGUUGGUGAGGUGUUGCAGGUAAAAGAACACGCGCUUGUUGUCCACUUUCCUUCCGUACAUCGCACUGUGGAUGUUCCUCGCAUGCGAAUUAGCGUUUACCACCCCUUCUACCCCGAGGUGCGGUAUGAAGUUCAACAGUUUCCCCUAUAUCCACGCCAUUGUAUCUCACCUAUUAACAUGUUGACGUAUCAUCACGCAUACCAAGUGCACAUUGACUGUCAUCAACUUGCAGACACAAACGAUCUGGGGAAUAUACUUGCACGCAUGCGUACCUUCGAUGACUUUACAAUCGAGCGCGUCCAUGACUUUGCCCAUUUGGAUGGUAUGGUACACGAGCCAACUCGAAUUUAUUAUCAGCGCAUCGACAACCAACCCCUUUCUUCAGCGGCAGAGCAAUGGUGCCGAAACUGCAAGUCUUAUGUUUCAACCUCCGACUUCUACACCCACUGGGAUAAGUGUGUUCGUCAGGUUCGUUGGUGUACCGUAUGCAACACGCGUAUCCCACUGGAACGGCUUGGCCCCCACCAGGAGAAGCAUCAAAUUGUGUUAUGCCUGGACUGCGGUCGUGCGGUUGAGUGGCGUCGGUGGGAGGGCCACCGGCUCACGUGUUCCGCAAUGAUGCGCGAGGUUUCACCUGAAAAUGAAUUCCUUCCGCUACGUACCCGCCAGCUGGCGUUAGAGAUGGGUCUCGAUAAACGUGAUUUACAUACAAUGAAGGGCUUUAACCGCGGCAUGCUCCCAAAGUCGCGAAAACAGUGCAACGGUGGAGAAGCUUGA